AUGGCUAGUGUUGUCAGCGACACCCGGAAGGUUGUGGGUGGGGAGUGCUGGGCCCUGGCAAAGCAUGUAACCCAUGAUGCAAAGCGACUUUUUGGAUCUGCAUGUGGCGACACUUGGAUCAAAGGACUUGUGCAAGCUGUUGAGUUGAGGAAGAAGACACCGGAUGCCAAGAGAGGAACCAACUAUAUCAAGGCACUGUACAAGCUUGGGUCCACGAAAGCCGUGGAGCAAUGGAUUUGUAUGCAGAGUUUGAAGGCAAGCAACCCAAAUCCAAGUGUUGAUCCAAUCGGAGCCAUCGUGGAAAGCAGAGAACAAGCCGGCGGCCGACUCGAAUCCUCCUCCAGUGAACCAACCAACCCUGAACAAGAACCUGAGACACCCAAAGCAACCAGCCAUUGA